GUACUUAUUGUUUAAAAUGGAACCAUGACAAGAACAGGCGGGCGGAAGAGAGGGCAGUGAAGAGGGCGGCGGGCGCGAACGGCGAAGAUGAAAGUCGAAAUCGACGACGGCCACCACCAAGAGGAAGAGGGCGAACACAAGAGAAGGAAGAAAGCGAAGAAGAUGAAGAAAGAGAGAACGGCCCCGGAAGAGGGCACUUCCUUUCAUCUCCCCACGGUCAGCAUUGCUGUUUGUGGUUCCAUCAUCGACAACGCUCAGUCGCUGGAGUUGGCGACGAGGUUAGCUGGCCAGAUUGCCAGGGCGGCCACCAUCUUCAGAAUCGAUGAGGUGGUAGUUUUUGACGACAAAGCUUCGUCUUCGGACGAAUCAUGUGUGAAGACGGUGCUAGAUGGUUCUACAGAUUACGAAGGAGGGGCGCCCUUUCUCGUAAGAAUACUGCAAUAUCUGGAGACACCCCAGUAUCUGCGACGGUGCCUCUUCCCCAAACACAACAGUUUAAGAUUCGUGGGCCUGUUACCUCCUCUUGAUGCACCUCACCAUGUUCGCAAGCAUGAAUGGUUGCCUUAUCGUGAAGGUGUGACUUUGAAGGGCAAGCCAUCAGGUUCUCCAGGGACUCUGGUUGAUGUCGGGUUGAAUAAGGAGGUUGUGGUUGAACAAACACUUGAACCUGGGCAACGUGUCACUGUAGCUAUGGGAUCCAAUCGGCAAUUGGAAUCAAUUAUACGUGAAGUUACCAGCCCUUCCAAGCCCAGAGAAGAGUUGGGAUUGUAUUGGGGAUACAAGGUUCGUUAUGCAUCAAACAUUAGUUGUGUAUUCACUGAGUGCCCUUUCAAGGAUGGUUAUGACUAUAAAAUUGGAACUUCAGAGCAUGGGGAUGUGCUCAGUUCAUCAGAAGUCUGCUUUCCGAAUUUCAGGCAUCUGUUGAUUGCUUUUGGUGGGCUUGGUGGCCUCGAAGAAAAUAUAGAGGAAGAUACUAGCUUAAAGGGAAAAAAUGUACGCAAGGUUUUCAAUUCCUACUUGAACACUUGCCCUGGUCAGGGCAGUAGAACAAUUCGGACGGAGGAGGCCAUAUUUAUAUCUUUGCAGUACUUCCAAGAGCCAAUCAAACGAGCCGUCACUUCUGUGGCAGAUUAAUGUGCAUGAACUGAUGCUACUAUCCAAAUGGUUGAUCAUUGUUUUAGCAGCUCGUCGUAACUGAAGCUAAGGGCAACCGGAAAAUGAGAGGAUCAACAGGAUAAGGCCGUGACAUUUCAGGAAAAAAAACUCGAGGUCUCCGUGAUUGAUUUCUUCCUUUACCCAUUGCAGGAGACACUUGGGUUACCGGCGUUGGAGCAAUGUCAUAGAAUGCUUCUUUUCUGUGAACGGCUGAAGAAAUCAUGUGUAUACCUUGCAGCACCUGCCAACUUGUGAAGUAUUUAGUAGAUUGUGGUAUGGCUUGUCUUAGAUGGGUGUAAGGUGUUGGCUCGCUUCGAAUACAUGCAUAUGCCCUUUAAGAACGCUUUGGUUGUCAGAACCAAAGGACUUGUUCAAGAUUUUAUCCGUUCUAAUUGAGUUACCUUUCUAUCAA